AUGAAAGUGCAUUUACAAAUACGGUGUAAGAGAGAAUAUGGUGUAACAUUCCAAAAUUUUGGUACCAAUCCCUUCGACGGACUAUCACAAUUGGCGGAUGAUUUGGUGGAUGGUCAAUUGGUGGCGGUCUUGGCGAAUCUACUGGAUGAUGCAUUCAGAUCAGUGUGCGUAGUGAAGGAGGCCGAGCGGCUGAGAGUGUCGGGCGCGUUGCAGACGGCGCAGCCCGGGGUGCGCGCGCUGGCGCUGCUGGCGUUCCGCGACGAGGCGGCCUGCGCUGGGCCCGCGGCGCCCGCCCCGGCGCCGCCCCGGCCCGCGGGCGGCACGGCCUCCGCCGCCGCCGCGCGCCUCCUCGGCCCCGCGCACGCGCACGCCUGCCUGCGCGUCGAGGCCCUGCUGGCGCGCUGCGUGUCGCCGCUGCUGGGCGCGCGCGGCCUCUACGAGGACUUCGCGCCGGCGCCCGUCGUGCCCGCGCAGCCCGCGCCCCUGCGCCAGCACAAUCGCAGUGGGCGGAAGAUGCUGCGGCCGCUGAGCGUGGCGGCCGGCCAGCGCCUACACACGCUGUCCGACCUCUUCGCCGCCGCCGUCGCGGCGCACGUGCACGGCGGCCACGCCCACGCGCGCCUCGACGCCUGACGACGCCCGGCGCCCUCCGCUCCACGCCGCCCCUGCGGGCAGCGCCCCCGCGGCCGGCUGCUCAUCUGGCACUUGCGUAGCAUACUUCGAUGUAUUUACAAUGGCACGUUUACAACAGCAGAUUAGGGCGCCUUUCCAAGACGCGCCAAGACUCGCUACGCGAAGCGGCGGAGCAGCGA